CUCAGCUCGACACUGCAAGUGAAGCCUUUAUUUUUAUUAUUUAAACAUGGCAAGUGGGAAACGAUUCAAGGGAUCAUUUGACGACGACGAAGGGUUUGGUCGCAGUUCGUCUUCAAAACGUGUACGGUUCAACGAUACACGUCGAUCGGAGCAGUCACCUACCGAUUUUGAAAUCGAUCAUGAAGACGUACUAGAGCCUGCUAGACAACGACGAGGCGGAGUCAGGACCGAUUACGGAAGUGACGAAGAAGAAGUGGGCGGCGGUGUGUACAGCAGCGGAUCGGAUUCGGAAAAUGAAGCGAAAGAAGAAGAACCACCCAAAGCGAAUGCUGAAUUCGAUAUGUUUUCUGCACCGGCAGCGGCACCAGCGGCCGAAGCCACAAAGAAGGGCAAAAAACGUUUAGAAUUGAACGAAAUCGAAGGUCAAGAGUUCGAUUCUCAAAAUCGGGAUACCGAUGACGAUGCAUCUGAAGAUGAGGAAGGGAAUAAGAAGGAACCGAAACUGACCGCCUUCAAUAUGCGAGAGGAAAUGGAGGAAGGAAGUUUUGAUGCGUCGGGUAACUUUAUCCGUAACAAAGCCGACCCACAAGCAUUCCAUGACCGUUGGAUGGAAGGCAUUUCCAAAAAGGACAUGGUUCGUGCCCGAGAAGCACAGGAACGACGCGAACAGGCGGAAGCAUUAAAAGAAGCGUCACGUCAAGCGGAGAUGCCACAGACAAAGACGGAUGUAUUCAGGAUGCUGGCAGAAUACAUGUUGCCGGGGGAAACCGUCCGUGAAACGCUCAUGAAACUCGGUACGGGCGUUCCCAAAAAAGUUCCGGCGUGGAAGCAGAAGCUCUUGGAUAAGAAGAAGAAGAAGAGUACCGUCCCUGCUGCGGCCCAGGAACAACCGUUGACAGAGGAAGAGACAGAACAGCGAAAACAGAGCGUUGAAAUGGUUACUGGAUUGGCUGAUCAAAUGAUGGCGCUCGGUCACUUUACCAUUUAUGAAGACACCUUUGAAACCAUCGUUCGUCAGUUACGUCGGGAGGGCGCAGUUCCUGAUGACUGGGUGCCCACCUCGUCACGCCGGCCGGCCACUGCCCCCCAGUAAAUCCAAAUCGUUCGUAUGAUUUCUACCAUAUACUUGUCGUCUUUCCCUUUUGUAUACACAUGUCCUGGUUGUCUCGACGAAUUGCAUUCUUUUCAUCUGUUAUUUUUUUUUUGAUUAUCGGAUUAGAUCAAGGAAUCCAUCUUUAUAGGGGAGAAAUAGAUCCAAUUCGCAUUGUACAGAAUAUAAGCGACCUUUCUUUUUUUUUUUUU